CACGAGCCGGUCCGAGGCUUUCCUCUUUCCUUCCAUUCGAAAGUCAAUGGCAACAGUCUUCCACAAUUUCGUCAUACGUGUUGUAUCCGAGCUGGUUUUCUAUUUCUGCCUGAGCAUAUUCCAGAGACGGGAGGGGAGAAUCAAAUCCCUCAACUCCUCCUUCACCGAGCUGAAGGGCUGGGUUCCACAGCCACCUCUCUCCCCCGGUGGCGCGAAUCAUAGCCGGGAUCAACUCGCAAUCGAUGUGUGGUGGUAUGACAAGCUGUCCGACACUCCGGUAGUCGAUCGCAAACAAGGAUUGACUGAUGUCCAGUUUCUUGCUAUCGGCAUCGGCAAAUCCUAAAUUGUACAUUUCCCGAAAGGAAGUCACCCCAUUGAUCCGUCGUACUAGGGAUAGAUACUGGAUAAUACAGGAAUCAAUAUUGUGCGCAUCAUUCUUGUAAAUCGCGCUCUUGUGCCUAUGACUCGUUUCACCCGACGCAUCCCCCUUGUCUUCGUCAAUAAGGUAGGGCGAGAGAGCUUGCAAAAUCACUGCAUCUUUGCCUCCCUCUUCGGAAUUCAACUUCGUAAUUCCAAGAGCAGAUGUCAGUGGGUCGUCGUUCAUCGAUACAUGAAUGUAUGCUGGCCCAUCUACAAAGCCUUUACUCAAGCCGCUAAUGGUAACGACAGUUAAAGCCUUGUGGAGCAGAAGCUCUGCCUCCUCUUCGGAAAAGAUCUGCGUGUGGAAGUUGUCGUCCCCACUGCGGCUUUCGUCCAGUCCCACACCAAUGCCAUCCCGGCGAGAAGCCUUCGUGGACUCGUCAUCGGAUGAAUGAUGCAUGGAUUCUCCAAUCGAUGAUGUGACCCGAUUUUUCCACUCCGAUAAUGCCGCCAUCAACACACUUGAAGUUGCGCUGUACGUCAUUAGCACCAAGCCGGGCGAUGACGGUGACGACGAUGGAGCAUCUGAUGCGGAGGGUGCCUUUGUUUCUCGGACCGAUCGCACCGCAACGUCAAUCAACCGAAUCAAUGUAUCUUUUAAUCCUUUCGAGUCACUUCCGAGGUACUUGUCUCCGAGGGUCCGCGAUAAAGAUGCCGACCCGGCUGAUCGAGCCCGUGAGAGUACGGUGUAAAUAAUAUCCAAAUCUGUUGCACGAAGACGAUACAGCGUCUCCUCUGGCAACAGGAGAUUUCCGUUCAUCGAUAGGAGCGAUAGAUUUUGCUGGAAAGUGUCGCUCAAGAGUCCAAAUGACAGCAAAGAACUUACUACAUCAGACGUUAGUUUGAUGUCGAGAUUACCUUGGUCAAUGUGUGUUCCUUUAUGAAUCUGUGCCAUCGGUAUUCCGUCCAGAACCUGCGAGAUGUACUUCAAUCGGUCGGGAGAAGAUCUUGGUUUUCCAUUCCGGGUUGGAAGUGCGCCAUUGGAAUAUUCUCUACUGAUUGACGGAUCGUGCGCUGUAUGUAGACCGGGUAUGAAAACAACAACUUCUUCGUCCUUCGAGUUCGGGCUCCCGUUGUAGGAAAGGCUGUCUCGAAUGAAUGCCAAUGGAUUGUCCAUCGAAAAGACAACGUCCGAUUGAAGCGACGCGGCACGAUUGAGAGUCUCUUCGUUUUCUCCCUUGGUCUCCGGCAACUCAGAAUUAUGAUCGGUGAAUACCGUAAAUCGACCGUCGUGCCCCAUAUCUCGGCUAUAUUCUCUCACAAACAUUCGAUACGGCGCAACACUGGGUGGGAGCGGUCCAUCGUGAUCCAGGGAUUGCACAGGGGAAACGGGGGUCUUCCUGGGGAGAAUUGUUGGGGCGUUGCAUGGUGUACCGCUGUCCUCGGGCUUGCCAUCGCCCUCGUCGGCAUUUUGAUUCCUUGCCGCUAAAGCGGCGGCACUAGCAGCGGCAUCAUAUACAUUCAUCAACGGGAUGAACAUCGCCUCCAUGGAUGGGUCACUCGACAGCAGUACCUCUGGAUUCCAAUCCAGCAUAAUAAGAUUAUCACUCGUGUCUCGCGAAUAUAUUUCUCCAUCUUCGUCCUUUUGAUUACCAAAUUGGCUUUCGGCAAACACUCGAAGGUUUCUGGACGCAGAUUUGGGCAGCCGCCCGACUUGUGUCUGGCCGACGAAAUAAUUCGAAAAGGCAUUGGUCGAAUAGAUGUUUCCGGCGAUCAAGGCCAUCGUUGCUAUCACAAUUACCACCGGUGAAAAUAUACCGACUAGCAUCAUAUUGAACAAAUUAUUGGAGCGCUGGCACUUGUCAUUCCAAAAUUAAAAAAAUACAAUAUGU